CGAAGUCGCCGGCCCCGCGGGUACUCAAAAGGCACGGGCUCUGAUUGAUGGCGGUUCCGAUUCGUCCUUCGUCAAAUCAUCCCUUGCAGACGCCCUCGGGGUAUCAGCCAUGGCACAGGGAAUAUUCGCCUGCGUUGGAUUUAAAGAAAGAGAAGAAGAGGCUAGAAUUCAUGAAAGGGUCAGAUUACAUCUGAAAAGUCGGCAUUCAUCUGAGUCAUGUUGUUUGGACUUUUGGAAGUCCGAUACGUUAUGCGCACCGAUGCGCGUGCCAUGUAGUCCUGAUCUGUUCACAGAACUUGCAAAUUUUGAGCUUGCCGAUGAUUUUAGCGGAGCUUCCAUUGACAUGCUGAUUGGCGGCGACCAAAUGUAUGAUGUGGUUCUUCGAGACGACACUGUCAAAUUAUCAAAACGGCUCUGUGCUGUCAAGACGCUCUUCGGAUAUACCUUGCAUGGGAGCGCUUCUGACGCGUGUCGUUUAGUCCCCUUACAUACGUAUCACAUCCAGUCAUUGGAAAACAUGUGGACCUUGGACACGAUUGGCAUAACAGACAAAGAAGUGCGAACGACAAGCUGUGAUAUUGUACCAGUCUGGAACUCAUCUGAAAAUAGAUAUGAAAUGCCCCUGCUAUGGAAAGCGGAUGAGCGGCCGGUCUCCAACUUACGCGCGACUGACAUGCGAACUAGACGCACCAUGCAGAAAAUGAGCCACCAAGCACUCACCGAUUAUGAUAACGAGAUAAAACAGCUUAUCGAUAACCGAGUUGUUGAAGUUGUGGACGCCGUCACAGAGACGAACUCAGUGUUCUUUCUACCGCAUAGAGGCAUUUAUCGCAACGGAAAGUCACGAAUCGUUUUCGACGGCUCCGCAGCCGACGGUUCCGGCAAGAGUCUCAACGAAUAUUUUGAUGCUGGCGAGAACUUACUUCACCGCUUGCCAGCAGUAGUUACUCAGUUCCGGACAGGUCCCAUAGGUUGUCAGGCGGAUAUUAAGUCGGCUUUCCAUCAGAUUUGUGUACGAAAAGAAGAUCAACAGUAUCUGCAGUUCCUGUGGAACGGGAACUGUCUUCGAUUCCGAAGAGUUCCUUUUGGUCUCGCCUGUUCUCCAUUUUUACUCUUAAAAACCCUUUCAUAUCACUUAGAACAAAACCUCAAGAAUGACCAAAUGCUGUUACAAGCAGUCAAAAGGGCACUCUAUAUGGAUGAUUUGUGCUUGAGUUUCAGCUCGGAAGAAGAGGCCGACAAAAACAUGAAUGUUUUGAAUGCAGUUAUUGCAGUUAUCGAGCGAGCCGGUAUGAAACUUCACAAGAUUCACAGGACCAGGGAUAACGCCGAACCUUCCAAAGUGCUUGGAAUGCUCUGGGACACCUCCAGUGACAAAUUAGCUGUCACUGUCCCGGAUGUCACCACACCUUCUACCAGACGUGGGCUUAUCUCAGUUAUUUCCAAGGUGUUUGAUCCUUUGGGCGUUCUUUCUCCCUGGAUCAUACGAGGCAAAAUUUUAUUUCAGUCCACAUGGCAUGAGGCCAAAUCCACGUCAUGGGACGAUCGCUUGUCCAGUGACAUACAAACGGCAGUAAAUGCUUGGUGGAGCCAUCCACCCAGCUGGAAAAUGUGGUUCCCACGCGCCAUUGCAGAUUUCAUGACGAGCACUGACGUCCGAUUUCAUGUUUUCUGCGACGCCUCAAUCAAGGCAUAUUGUGCCACUGUUUACUGCUGCCAUGAUGGGGAGUCCAUACUGGUCAUAGCCAAAAGUCGACUCGCCCCGCUCUCACCGACUCUCACAAUUCCCCGCUUAGAGCUGAUGGCCGCGCUGAUUGGUGCGCGACUCAUGAAAUUUGUCUGCUCAGCAGUUGGCUUGGAAGCGCCCUGUGUAGUUUACUGGACCGACUCAAUGGACGUUUUAUAUUGGAUUCGCCAGACCAAGCCAGAGAAACCGUUUGUGGCAAAUCGAGUGCGUGAGAUAUGUCAGUUAUCAUCGGUGGACCAGUGGCAGUACAUUGAAGGUGUCCGCAAUCCGGCUGAUCUGGGAAAACGGACCCAGCUUCCUCUUAGAGGCGCUCUCUCAGCCAACAUUAAGCCAACCGGAAGCCGCCGGACAGCCAGAGGAAGCGGACGACGACGAUGGAUAAGCGAAAAGCAGGCUGCUUUUCGGAUGGGGAGAAUGUUGAAAAUGGUUUUAUUUUGUCAUUUAUAUGUGUAUCUAAUAAGCGGAAGACUGCGGCAAGUAAUUCACGCGAGCGAUGUACGGAAAUUUAAAUUUAUGUGGAACACUGUAUGUGAGGCGUUUCGGGGAUUUUGUAUUUUUUUUUUUUGAGCCUACCGUUAAUAGAACCAGUGUAACUCUAAAUAUUUGUUUUUUAUUUAUUUCAUUUUCUUGGCUUACCCAACAGUUACACAACCUAAAAUAUGCAUAUAGCUCAGGAUAAAAAAACACCACCUGCACGGCAUCAUGAUCAAAAACGCGUUCAUCACGUGUCUCGUCUCGAGAGUAGGUGGGCCUUCAG